AUGCCAACCCACAGAGGUGGGAAUCUCUCAGGGCUCUCUUUGCAGGAGUUUGUUCUAGUGGGAUUUGAGGGUGAGCUGGAGACACGGGUCCUGCUCUUUGCUGUGUUCCUGGUCCUGUAUGUGGUGACCGUGCUGGGAAACCUCACAAUGAUCAUGGUCAUCACGCUGGAUGUCCGCCUCCACUCCCCCAUGUACUUCUUCCUCAAGAACCUCUCCUUCCUGGACCUCUGUUACGCCUCCGUCAUCGCCCCCAAGGCCCUGGUCGACUUCUUUUCCUCAACCAAGAUCAUUACCUUUACCAACUGUGCCACCCAGUUCUUCUUCUUCUCUCUGCUGGCUACCACCGAGACUUUUCUCCUGGUCACUAUGGCCUAUGACCGCUUCAUGGCCAUCUGUAGCCCCCUGCACUACCCAGUCACAAUGUGCCCCUCAGCCUGCACCCGCCUGGUGCUGGGCACCUACUGUGGAGGCUGUCUCAACUCCAUCGUGCAGACCAGCCUCACCUUCAGCCUCCCAUUCUGCAGCUCCCACCACAUCAAUCACUUCUUCUGCGACGUGCCACCCCUGCUCCAGAUUGCCUGCACCAACACGGCCCUCAAUGAGCUGCUUUUGUUUGGUCUCUGUGGGCUGAUCAUUGUGGGCACCACCCUCAUUGUCCUUGUCUCCUAUGGCUAUAUCACAGUGACCAUCCUGAGGAUGCGUUCAGGGACCGGGAGACACAAGGUCUUCUCCACCUGUGGCUCCCACAUGACUGUGGUAUCCCUAUUUUAUGGAACCCUCUUUGUCAUGUAUGCUCAGCCAGGAGCUGUUCGGUCCAUGGAGCAGGGCAAGGUGGUCUCCAUCUUCUACACCUUAGUCAUUCCCAUGCUCAACCCCCUCAUCUACAGUCUGCGAAACAAAGAUGUGAAGGAGGCCCUGCAGAGACUGGGCCAGAAACACACAGUGGUUUGAAGAGAACCCAGGGAGAGAAGCAAAAUGUCCAUAAGACUAGAAGGGAAA